UUGAAUUAUUCUCUGCGCGCAAUACUCUUAGACGCAAACCGCAAAGUAGCAAACGGGACUUUUGUUGGCAGUCAGCAUCAUUUAAUCUAAUAUUCGAAUACCAUGUGUUGAUUUACAAUAUUCGUAUAUAUUCUCUCCAUUCCGGGCAUCACGGAGCAGCAGUCUCAUGCGUGGCUCAAUUGACAACCGGGCAGCAUGACAUUAGGAAUCGCACAUUUAUGUGUUUAUUUGUUUAUUUUAUUUCGCUCUUAUUUCUAUUGUUGUUUGAUCAAGCAACGCGAUUUGUUGGCGCGGUGUACUUAACAAAUUGUAAUUGUUGUAUAUAAACAACUAUUGAAAUGCCAGCUGCAUCGACUCCAAAAGUUGCGAAUGCUGAAUCAAGUCCGUUGGAGAUUUUGGACGAUGACGAAGCGAAGCCAACACUGGUUCUCAACGAAGACACCGGGGAAUUGGUCAUAAGUCCCGCAACAACGAGAACGCCGAGCAACAGCGUCGACACCUCUUCUAGCCAAACGUUCGCCUAUAAUCUGGGAACAUAUCUGGCGGAGCGACGCCUCAUUCGGCUGGUGAGAAAGAGAUCGGCGCUCUAUAACCGACACCAUCGGCGCUUCAGAGAUGAUGUGUUCAAGGAGCAGCUGUGGCAGGACAUUGCACGGAAGAUGUCAGUGGAGAUUAACAAAUGCAUCAGUACUUGGGCAGAGUUGCGCUACAAAUAUCAGCGGCAUGUGCGUCGUCUGCGCAGCUAUCGCCGGCAGGUGCAGGCGUGUCGCAGUCGGGCGCGUCCACGUCCCAUCAUGCUGCACGAGGAGGAACUGAUCUUUCUGUACACGCAUGUGGCCCAGUUUCCGCUGCAGUCCAAGAGGCGCAACAGUCGACCUCCAUUGGAUGUGUCGAGUGGGACCGACGAUGUCACCAUCGUGAAUACACAGCCACCCAUCAUAGACGUAGACGCGGAAUAUUCGGAUCAGUAUAACAUAAGCCCGGAUCAGCAGCGUCUAAUUGAAGCCGUGCGCGCCUAUCCUCAGCUCUACGACACUGAGCACGACGACUACGAGAACUAUCAUCAUCGCGGCCUCAUUUGGAGCGCCAUCUCCAAUGAGCUGCGCGAGAAGGCGACCAAGCUGAUGAAGAUCUGGCUGCACCUACAGACGCGCUACGAGUGGGAGCUGCUGCAAUCCAAUAACAGCAGCAGCAGCGAUAGAUCCCAGUUGUUGACGCAGCUCAACUUUCUCGAACCGCACAUUCGGCAAACACCCAACACGGUAUGCAAGCUGUCGCUGUAUUUGAAGGACGGCUGGUUCGAUCCCAUCGAUCACUUUCGGACUAUUGUCAAUCUGAUAAAUGUGCUCAAAACGGUGCCGGAAUUCCCACAAUUGCUAGAGGAUAAGCAGGACAUGGCCGCACAGGACACUACCAGCUACAAGGAACUCUGGUCGCGUGUUGCGGCCCAAGUGAAGUGCAGCAGUCAGCGCUGCGAGGUCACCUGGCUGGUGCUGCGCAACUUCUACCUGGAGCUGGCCGAGAUGCGCAAAGUUGGCUAUCAGCUGCAGGACAAAUGGUUCUUUGAGAACAUCAUUGGCUGCCUCUACAAGCUGCUGACUUCGCGCUCGGUGCGUUAUGCCCAAAAGCAUGCCGUCAAUAAUGUGCCCAAAGUCGCAUCGCAAACCAAGCCAAACCCACCGCAAGACAAGACCCCAGUGACGGUGCGUGAUGUGGGUACCACUGAGACGACCCCGGCGGUGGCACCGCUGGUGACACCACUGCCCCUGGGCAUUAACUACCCGCCUGCCUCGCGACAGCCAAACAUCACCAUCUCUGCUAUACCCAAGAACAGCAGCAGCAGCAGCAGCAGCAAAUCCACCAACACCAUCUUCAGCGCCACCAACAGCAAUUCCAGCAACAGCACCACUGGCACCACCAGGACUACCAGCACCAUUACCACUGCCAGCAACACCAGCAUCAAUGCUAACAGCAGCAGUGGUGCAGUUGGCACCACCGGCUAUACCUUGCCCUACAUUUCGGCAGCCAUUACUGUGAUUCCUAAGACACGGCCGACUGCCGCAGCGACUGCAGCGCCGCCGACUGCAGCGCCGCCUGUGGUAACUGUUACCAAGUCCACAUAUAUGGACACGCUGCCCAAUCCUCUGGCAUUGCCCAUACUGGCCACUGUCCAGCUGGCCACACGGCCCAGCGUGCCCAGUUCGUCCAGUGCGAGACUUAUUCCAGCACGCAGUGGUCUGCAGGUGACGGUUAGACCCAAAACGAGUCUACCUCUAUCGCCGUCCGUUAUUGGCAGCACCAGCACAAACAAUCUCACCGGCAAUAGCAUUGGUGGCGCCAUUAUACGCGCUAUCCCAGCUGCUUCAUCUGCAUCAGCUGUCCCAGCAGCUCCAAUUGUUUUAGCUGCUCCAACUGCUUCUGCAGCUUUAACUGCUCCAGCGGCACGAGCUCUUCUAGCUGCUCCAACUGCUCCAGCGGCUCGAACCAUUCUAGCUGCUCCAACGGUCUUAGCUGCUUCAGCGGCUCGAGCUGCUCUAGCUUCUCCAACUGCAUCAGCUGUCUUAACUGCUCCAGCUGCUCCAACUGUUCUAGCUGCUCCAGCUGCUAGUGCUAUGAUGCCGCCCAUAGCCGCCCAGGAGCCGGUGGCCAUUGCAGAGGUGACACCGCCUUUGCCCAAGCUACGGCCGAUGGACGUGCUCAGGAACAAGACAAUUUGGUCGUCGAAGGGCGCCGCAUCGAUGCCAAUGCCCAAGCUGACACCAACAACGUUUGCCAAGAUGCCACCCAAUGAAAUAUGCGGAAAUCCGGCUCUAUCCGGAAACGUCAUCAGCAGUAGCAGCAGCAUGACCAAGUUGGUUGCCCCUUCGUCGACUUUGAUGCCCAGCAUAAGCAUCAGCUGCAGUGCAUCAAGAGUGAGCGCCCGUAUGGAACCAACUUGGGUUCCCCCCUUGGUGCCCAGCAACGCACCGUGUACUCCAUUGGGAGUGAGCGUCAGUAUGGCCAAUUCAGUGCCGCCGUCGACUUCAUCCAUGCUCACCAAUGCCAUCAGCAUAUCCAGCAGAGGGAGAACAGAACCAUCUGGUGUUCCCCCCUUGGUGCCCAGCAACGCGGCCACAAUUCCCAGAAAUCCGAAAGUGGCCAAGACAGUCCCGCCGUGCCCUUCAACGAUGCUUAGCAAUGCCAUCAGAUCUGGAGUUCGAACCUCGGUGCCCAGCGAUCCCUCCAACAUUCCCAGUAAAUCAUCAAGUGUGAGCACCAUCAGCAUGGCUAAGGCGGCUAAGGUGACUGCAUGCCCAUCAAAUUUGACGCCGUCGGAAGCGGAAAUGAAAGUUGAGAUACGCAACCAUCCGACCAUGGGACCCGUCAUCUAUGCCGAGGGCCCCGCCGUACCCUUUUUACCCAAUCUGACCAUGGCACGCACUGCAUUCUUUAUCCGCGAGGUGAUGGCCAUACCGCAACUCCACAGCACGGAUCCCGAUGUGAUGCUCAAAAGUUCCCUGUACUGGCAGCAUCUAUCCAGAAAGUUUCACAUGCCAGAGCAAAUGUGUCGCGGCAUAUGGCGCUUCUUGGCGGCGAACAUUAGUCUGUUCCCGGAGAUAGCGCCCAUGUCGAAUCUGAUGAGUCCAUUCAAAGGGAGCUUGAAGACGUGGGAGAGGUCGAAUCGAUUGUUUAGUAAAUUUGACGAGAUUGCACGUAAAUAUGAAUGGAUGCAAUACAAAGACAAGCUGCCGGCCCUGAUGCAGUUCUUCGGCGGGUAUGAGCAUCUGUACUGGGAUCUGCGACGACCACGGCCGGGAGAGGACAGUCAGGCCGUACAGCAGCCGCCACGUUCACUUACCGAACAGGAGCGGCAGGAGGUGUGGCAAUUGGCACGCGAACGUUUUCCACACAUAAAUCAUCGCGACGUUUGGGCCAUGUUUAAAUUUGCCUUCAAAACGUAUAUGGAGGACUUGGAGCGUGGCAUUGAGAAUCCCUGGCCGCAGAACUGGUGGCAUGCCUUGGAGCAGCUGAAAUAUUUAGUGAAUAUGCGCUAUCAUCCCUUGGAGCCCUUCUACUACAUUGUGCACAACAAGUUCAUGGAGGAGGUGAAGCGCUGCAGCAUGUACGAAGCGUUAAUGCAAUCAAAUUCUUCCGGCAGUGUGAUUAGUUCAUUGGCCAACAUUUCGCCCAUGCCGUGGGAGACGGCCGAGGCCAAGGAGCUGUUUGCCAUGCAGAAACAACAAAGGCAGCAAAAACAGCAGCAGCAGCAGGAGCAGAAGCAGCAGCAGCAGAAGCCGAAGCAGCAGGAGCAGGAGCAGCCGCAGCAGGAGCAGGAGCAAGUAAAGAAGACACUGCCCCAGCUCCAGCCGCUGGAUAUACAGCAGCCGGCCUUGACUGAAGUGUGCACGUUCAGCCAGAGUUUGCCCAGCAUCGAUGCGUUUCAGCUGAGCCGCCUGAUGCUCUGUUAUCCGCAUACCUAUAGCCAAUCCAGCACCAUAGAGAAGCGAAGAGCCUGGCUGAAAGUUGCCAAUGAACUCAACACCUCAGUUACCGAGUGCCGACUGUGCCUGCAGCAUGCGGUGCUAGAUAUGCGGCUGAUAAAGCUGGGCGAUCCGAAAUAUCGCUGCUUGCUGUCGCAUAAGUAUUAUCGUCACUUGGACGAGAUUUACAACCAGGUCAAGGCGGGCGGCCCACAGAUGAAAAUGCCGAUACCAAAAACCAUAAGCCAAAUUGUAUUGGAGUCCACCGACAGAGUAUAUCCGACGCGCUUUCUGCCCGAGAUCAAUAUGGCUGUGUGCAAGCCCAGUCUGGUGGUCAAGAACUGGGCAUAUGCGGCCAUCAAUUUGCCGUACGCCAAUCAGAGCUCAUUGCGCACACGUCUGAAGCAUAUCUUUGAAAAAUAUGCAAAUUUGGCGGGCAUCAAGUGGCCAGUCCAGUGCAGCAAUGGUGCACCAAAACUUCGGCAAAAGCAGCAGAGCGCGCAGCAGGAGCAGGAACAGGAGGAGAGGUUCCUGCUAGAGCAGCCCAACCCGAAAAGACCUAGGCAGAAGUGAAACAUAUAGACUACUAUAAAUGCUAAGCAUAGUUAUAUAAGAUAUGUAUGUGAAUAUAGAAGCUUGGGCAUCAUGUUCCAGCUAUUCCAGCUGGAAUACAAUCCUCGCCCAACCUAAGCAACUAUCAGGCAUCACGAAAGCCACUUGCAAUCUCUGUGAAUUAUAGAUGUACUAUAAAUAAGGAAUAAUAUUUACGAGAGAAGAUAUCAAAUAUGUGCAUAUACAUAUAUAAAAAGAUAUGGAGAUAUAUAUAUAUGUAUAUAAAGAGAGAAAAUAAGAGAGAGAGCGCGAUUAUGAUUUUAUUUUUUUUUUAUAUUUUUUUUUUUUUUUGGAAUGACUCAUUGAAUUUAACUAAAUACUAUUAUUUCCGAGAGAAGAUAUCAAAUAUGUAUAUACAAAUAUUUUUAGAUAUAUAUUAAGAGAAAGACGUUAUAAAUUGUUUAACAAUUUUAAAUUGGAAUGACUCAUUAAAUAUUUUUAACUACUUUUAUUGGAUUACAAUGAAAUAUUUGAUAUGAAAUAAACGGUAAAUGUUUUUGUGA